GGGGGCGGGCCCAACGGCAAGGGCGGGGCCUAGUGCGCGGGCGCUUCUCCGAGAGGUGUUGAACCAGGAGUGGCGGGAGUGGCAAUGAUGGAGGCCCCGGGCGAGAGAGAAGCACAGAUUGCUGCCUGGUUGAAAGAAGUAUUUGGAGAUCAUCCCAUUCCACAGUAUGAGGUGAACCCACGGACAACAGAAAUUUUAUAUCACCUUUCAGAACGCAACAGGGUCCGGAACAGGGAUGUCCACCUGGUCAUAGAGGACUUGAAACAGAAAGCAGGCGAGUAUGAAUCGGAAGCUAAACAUCUUCAAGACCUUCUCAUGGAGAGUGUGAAUUUUUCCCCUGCCAAUCUGUCUAAUAUGGGCUCCAGGUUUUUGACUGCUUUGGUUGAUAGUGCGGUAACCCUAGAAACGAAGGACACCUCACUUACAAGUUUUCUUCCUGCAAUGAAUGAUUUGACUUCUGAUCUUUUUCGGACCAAAUCCAAAAGUGAAGAAAUCAAGCUUGAACUGGAAAAAUUUGAAAAGAACCUGACUGCAACUUUAGUGUUAGAAAAAUGUCUACGAGAAGAUCUCAAGAAGGCAGAGCUGCGUUUGUCUGCUGAAAGGGCCAAGGUUGACAAUCGUCUUCAGAACAUGGACUUCCUAAAAGCAAAGUCAGAGGAGUUCAGAUUUGGAAUCAAAGCUGCAGAGGAGCAACUUUCAGCCAGAGGCAUGGAUGCUUCUCUGUCUCAUCAGUCACUAGUGGCACUAUCGGAUAAGCUGGCAGAGUUAAAACAGCAGACUAUUCCUUUGAAGAAAAAAUUGGAAUCCUAUUUAGAUUUAAUGCCGAAUCCAUCUCUGGCUCAAGUGAAAAUUGAAGAAGCAAAGAGAGAAUUAGAUGCCAUUGAAGCUGAACUUACAAAGAAAGUAGACAUGAUGGAACUGUGACUAGAACCAAAUAAACAUGCUUUUUCCUAA